AUGAAGGAACCAUGGACAGAAGCACAGUACGAAGCAGCCCUUGCACGACUGGAAGCCCUCACCGAUAAGCUGACCGCACUACGAACGACUAUCCCGAGCAUCAUCUCUCCACUCACACGACCCGCCACCACAAAACCCGCUGCGUUUGCUGGACUGAAGAAGGCCGCCAUCGGAGCCGUCACUGGAGUUCAGGAUCUCAGGCGGGAGUGGGAGAGCGAUGGAAUGCAGGACAUGUUAAAGAAGUCAAAUGAGAGUUAUGAAAAGGACCCUAAUCUGGGCCCUGCUGCUGAUGUGCCGGCGUGGGGCUGGGUGAAAGAGGGAGAAGAGAAGAAAGAAGACGGGCAGCUUCAAGCACAACAACCUGAAGUCAAGAAGGAGGAUGGUGUCGCUGGAUGA